GCACCAGCUCAGCUGAACAGCUAGUGCAACGUAUCAUUCAACAAGCCUCUAUGGCCACGAAAAGAAGGCCUAUGACUCGGCCAAGAGCCAUCGCUGUAGCCAGCGGGGAAGUGCUGCAUUUGAGGCAAGUUGUUGACUUAUAAGAAGGUUUCUAGGAACCACUUACAUAUCAACUUAAUUCCUCAACGCCACAUGCGCAUCGCCGUCCUUGACGAGUCCAGCAUCUUUGGGAUAAAUCCGCCAGGUCAUCGUAGAUAAAUGCGGCAUCAGGCACAAUGAACCUGCGCGGCCUUUUCCAGGCACUGAUGCUGUGCUGCGAAUCAGUUACAGCGGAAUUCCCGAGCCUUCCAGCGUCCGGUCCAUCGCAAAGCGUCAUUCCAUCAUGGCAUAUUCAGUCCUCUUCUCAAACAAGCAAGAAUCUCUCCGUCUUAUCCAAACCCAGAGCCGACGUCUCCUCAUGGCACCACGUCAGCAACUCGAAAUGUACAUUAAUGGGCUGCCUGAUCGAGGCGGGGGUCUACGACGACAAGAUGCUCUUCUUCUCAGAUAACCUCUAUACCGCCGUGGACCGGAGCCAAUUUUCCGUUCCGUGGCUAUACCGUCACGAGUUCGCGCUCAGUCCGAGGAAAGGACAGCACUAUUUUCUGGAGACGAAUGGGAUUACGUCGAAGGCGGAUGUGUUUUUCAAUGGUCACCAGAUCGCUAACCGGACGGUUCAGGCGGGGGCGUAUGCAGGACACAGGUUCGAAGUUACGAAGUUGGUGGAGAAGGAGAAUGCGGUCUUGGUCCGGGUCUAUCCGACAGAUUAUGAUCAUGACUUUGCGCUGGGGUUCGUGGAUUGGAAUCCGUAUCCGCCGGACAAUGGGACGGGUGUGUGGCGCGAUGUGCUCGUUAAGCGGACGGGUCCUGUGGCACUGGCGCCACUGAGUGUGGUUACUGACUUUGAGCUGCCGGUGGACAAGGGGGGUGCUACGGUGAUGCUUAAGGCGGCUAUACAGAACUUAGAGGAUCACCACGUGACAGUUGUUCUCGAGGGUAAGGUGUCUAAUGAAGCAGGGGGAAGGCCAGAGGUCAAGAGGCAGGUUGUUAGACUCGGCACAAGGCAGUCUCUCAAUGUCAGCAUUACGACAACCUUGGAUAAACCGGCGAUUUGGUGGCCCAAAGCCUGGGGCGAACAGCCGUUAUAUGAUGCUCAGCUCUCUGUUCUCGUGGACAACACCGUGUCAGAUAUUGCGAAGCGGACUUUCGGCAUCCGCCAGGUAACCUCGAAGUUGAACGAGUACAACGACACCCUCUUCAGCAUCAACGGCCACCCCUUCCAGGUCAUCGGCGGCGGCUACUCCGCCGACGUGUUUCUCCGCUGGGACAGCGCCAAAUUCACAGCUCAGGCCCAGUACAUGCUCGACCUGGGCCACAACACGGUCCGGCUCGAGGGCAAAAUGGAACAUCCCGAGCUGUACGACAUCGCAGACCGCAUGGGCCUCAUGGUGAUGGCCGGCUGGGAGUGCUGCAACAAGUGGGAGGCGUGGACGUAUAAUGAUAAUCUCGCCGUCAAGGACGAGUGGGACCAGAGCGAUUACGGUAUCGCAAACGCGAGUAUGCGGCACGAGGCGGCCAUGAUACAGAGCCAUCCGAGUAUGCUCGCGUUCCUGGUGGGGAGCGAUUAUUGGCCCGAUGAUCAGGCGGCGGGGAUGUAUGUCAAAGCAUUCGAAGAAGUGCAUUGGCAGAAUCCAAUCGUCGCCUCGGCGUCCAAGCAAGGGCAUCCCGAGAUUCUGGCGCCGUCAGGUAUGAAGAUGGCAGGCCCUUACGACUGGGUGCCGCCGAACUACUGGUACGAUACGAAUCCAGACGAAGACCGUCUAGGGGCAGCAUUCGGGCUCGGCUCCGAGCUGGGCGCCGGUGUGGGCACACCGGAGCUGAGCAGUCUGAAGAAGUUCUUGACGCCGGGGGAUAUGGAUGAUCUGUGGAAACAGCCGAACAAGGGGCUCUUUCACAUGUCUACCAACGUGUCCUCCUUUUACACACGUGAGAUCUACAAUGACGCGCUGUGGAAACGCUACGGCCCCCCCACGUCGCUCGGGGACUACCUCCUCAAGGCCCAGGUCCUCGACUACGAAGCCACUCGAGCUCAGUUCGAAGGGUACGCCGCGUUUUGGAACGCGGAGCAGCCUGCUACGGGGCUUAUUUAUUGGAUGCUGAAUAAUGCCUGGCCGAGCCUGCAUUGGAAUUUGUUUGAUUACUACCUCCAACCCGCGGGGUCAUACUUCGGCGCCAAAGUCGGCGGGAGGCUCGAGCAUGUGGCAUACGACUACGUACGUAGAGAUGUGUAUCUGAUCAACCACUCGCUCGACCGCAAGGGUCCCCGCACUAUCGAAGUCGAAGCCAUCGGGACCAACGGCAAAGUGAUCCUAAGUAAGACCGUCGCCGCGCCCACCGAGCCGAACAGAAGCAAAAGCGUGUACAAGCUCCCCACCCUAAGCUACUCAACAGACGUCAUCUUCCUCCGCUUACUGCUCUCCGACAACCAUCAAAACACACUCAGCCGGAACGUCUACUGGCUCCCCAAGACCCCCGACACCCUCGACUGGGACAACUCGACCUGGUACCACACUCCCGUUGCCAAGUAUUCCGACUUGACCUCUCUGUCGGAUCUCCCCACCGCCACGGUAUCCGUGAUGGUCGUCAAGCAGGGCGCUACCAGGGGGGUGGCCAAGGUGCUUCUUAAUAACAAGUCGUCGGUCCCGGCGUUUUUCUUGAGGAUUAGUCUUGUGGAUAGGACGACAGGGGAAGAUAUCGCGUCGGUGUUUUGGUCGGAUAAUUAUGUGACGCUGUGGCCGCAUGAGAGGAUGGAGAUUGAUGUUAGGUUUAAUGCCAAGUUGGCGUUCGGGGGCGAUGUUGAGUUGGGGUAUCGAGGGUGGAAUGUUGAGAUUGUGUAGGAGAUAUUGGUUGAUUCGUUUGGGUGUAUAUAUUAAGGCAGUGAAUGGAGGCUCCGAUCAAUAUUGUCGCCAACCAUGCGUGAGUUUGAAUGGGGGAGACAUGUAACCCAAGGAACAGUAAUUCAG